UAUCCCUCUAACUAAUUCUUAAUUCAAAACAUUCUUCCUAAUUAUUUGUCACUGAGCACUUUCUUCUUCUUCCUCCUCGAGCUAACCAAAACGACGAACAAAGUUAUGGUUGAGAAGGAGCAGAAGCCCAAAGCGGUGAUCGUCGGAGGAAGCAUUGCCGGCAUUUCAUGCGCUCACACUCUUAUUAAAGCCGGCUGGGAAGUUCAAGUUCUCGACAAAUCACCCUCGCCGCCGACCGGUUGUUCCACCGGCGCCGGACUCAUCCUCGAUCCUCUCUCUCAGAAGCUCCUCCAGUCGUGGAUUUCCCGCCCUGAACUUCUCCUCCAAUCCACUUUGCCUAUUACGACGGAGCAGAAUCGAGCAAUCGUUGGAGAAAUCAAAGAUGGACGGAUUUUGACUAACGAUGAGAAUUUCAAUUAUAGAGCAGCACAUUGGGCUGACCUCCAUAGCCUUCUAUACAAAGAGCUUCCAUCUCACAUAUUUCUUUGGGGACAUCGUUUCCUUUCACUAAGCAUUUCCGAUGACAAAACCUCAGUGAAAAUCAAAGCAAAAGUAACGAAAACAGAUGAAGUGGUUGAAAUAGUUGGGGAUUUGCUUGUUGCAGCUGAUGGGUGUUUGUCAUCCAUUCGUGAAACAUUUCUUCCUAACUUGAAAUUGAGAUAUUCAGGGUAUUAUUGUUGGAGAGGGGUUUUUGAUUUCUCGAAGAAAGAAAAUCGGGAGAUAGUGAUGAAGAUGAAGAAGGGUUAUCCUGAAAUAGGGAAAUGCUUGUAUAUGGACUUGGCAUUGGGUACUCAUAUUUUGCUGUUUGAGAUUCCAAAUAACAAAAUCAAUUGGGUUUGGUUUGUUAAUGAAGCAGAACCCCAUUUCAAGGCAAGAUCAAUGACCAUGAAAGUGAACGAUGAUAUGGUGAAAAGAUUACACAAACGAGCGGAUGACGUAUGGGUUCCUGAACUUGCAAAAGUGAUUAAAGAAACGAAAGAUCCUUUCAUCAAUGUCAUUUAUGAUUGUGAUCCAUUAGAACAAAUAGUUUGGGAUAACGUGGUAUUAGUUGGAGAAGCAGCUCAUCCAACCACUCCUCAUUGUGCAAGAAGCACCAAUAUGACAUUAUCAGAUGCAUCUAUUUUAGGUGAAUGCCUACGUAACAGGAGACUAUUCAAUCUAAAAUCAGCCCUUGCUGAGUAUCAGUCUUUGCGACUGCCUAUUCUUCAUGCACAAGUCCAGCAUUCUCGACUCGUUGGUCGGAUAAAGCAAGGUUUGACACUUCCAAACUGUGAGCCUUUUGACCCGAAUAUAGUUACGACUACACGUAACUUACAAGAGCUCCAAAUAAGAAAUAUACCUUUCCAUGGUGAUGUAUAAUGAUUUAGUCUUACAAGUUAUAUAUUAUUUUAGUUUACAAAAAUGUUGAACUACACUUAUAAUCUUCAUUAGGAAAAAAAAUUACUACAAACUACAAAAAAUGAAUUGGUAAAUUCACUUAAUGAACCAGAAGCCAAAGGAUAGAAAGCUCACACCUCUUUUUAAAGAAAAAUAUUGUCAUGUGGAUAAAGAGAAGUAUUGGCCAAUAUUUGUAAAUGAUUGAAUUUGGAAUAAUGAUUGAAUGUAUCCAAAAUUAAAAUGGAAAGGAAAGGAUGACAAAUUACAAUUCCACUUG